CGUGGUUGCAGCUGCUCUAAGUAGCUCGAGAGAGGCAGACAAACAAACAAAACCAAAGGACCUGUCAACAAAUGUGCUAGGGUCUAUUCUAUAAAGGUGUCAGCCUUUAAUCAUAUUUCUACCGCGUCAUUUAGUCGAUAUAUCUGCUCGUCUAUCAUGGCUGACGAAACGCCAUUUGAGCAAGAGUACUUCCAAAGGGGCGGGAAUGCCUCAAUUUCGAACGGCAUAUUGAGAGCAAAGAAGAUCGAGGAUCUCCAAUCCGUUGCCAGUGCCUUGCCCAAUCCACCAAAUCAUCCACCCGAUGCCAACAAUGUGCCCGCGCCCUCAGCCGUGGAAGUUGAGUUGCAGAUGCUCGAACCCGUUUGGUUUGAGGCCUUGUGUUGGGAAAACAAAAUGGCCAAUGAUGAGCAGAUCGAAACCCUGUUGGAUCUAAAGCUCCAGCAAGCCAGGCAAUUGAUUCCCGUUCGUUGGAUGGCCGAGAAGGCAUUCAAAGCCAAUUGUCAAAUGUUGGAGCAAAUCUAUGACAGUCUCGACCAAGUUCUGAUCACCCUCCAAACAAAAGAGAUUGAUGACCCCUCGGUAAGAAUUGAGGAAUAUCAAGCUCAGCGAGCCAUCCAGGAUUGGUCCAAGACUCGACAACCCGUUUUUGAGGCCAAUUACCAAGAGGCCAGUCGUGUUUGGUACAAACCCGAGGUUGACCCACUCACCACACUCUUUACUUCCAUUCGGAAUAAGUUUGGCAAUUUGAUUGCCCGAUAUGAGUAUGAGUGUUCCAUCCGACCUCCUUUGGGUGGCUCCGCACAGAGUGACUCAUGCGCUCAAUUGGGCCCAAUGUCAAUGGAACAAUUCAAUGUGACUGACAGGAUCGAAGUCUUUGACGGUGAUCUCAAAGAUCCCAAAAUAAUGGCCAAGUUCACCCAUUGGAAGAGUCGAUGGGAAGCUCUUGUUGCAGAGAUGAAGGCCCUACCCGACUUCAACACAGUCCUGCUCUUUGACAAGUUGAAGCAUGUCUUGAGCAGACAGGCCUUUAAAGUAGUGCACCAUCAUCCACCCACAUGUGCGGACUCCUACAAAGCUGCCAUGAGGGAUCUUUCUAACAAGUUCGAGAACCCAAUGACUACGGCCACUUUUUUCAUGAUGCGAGGUCUCACCCAAAGAACUUGGUCAGCGAAACAAUUUGAAUAUGCCAAGGAAUCCUUUAACGAGCUUCGACACAUCAAGGACAUCUUUGAAAAGGAGAAGGUUGAUAUUUACAACUUUGCUCUGACUUGCACAUUCCUCAAGGCCAUGUCCAAGGAAAUGGUAGCCAAGUGGGACCAAUACAAGAUCCAAGUGAAGACUGACUACCAAUUGAAACGAGCCACCGCCAAGAAGAAUGGAGACACUGUCCCCGAAGAAUGGAAAAGUGGCAUGGUCGAAAAUUACGAGCAAUUCAACGCCUGGCUCCGUCUCCAAAGUGCCCAACUCAAGCAGGCUCAAACGGCUCGGGUUAAGGGACCAUUGAGGAAGCCAAUUGCCACUCCAUUGACCAAACCUUUGCACGUGCAAUCAAAGACACCUUCUAAGGAGCAGUGUUUCUUGUGCGGUCCCAAAGGGUCAAACGGUCCCGCUCACUACAUGAGUCGAUGUCGAAGAGCGUUAUCCAUGCCUCUCAAGCAGUGGAAAAAGGUCUGUCGCCUUCGUUUCAUUUGCUACAAGUGUACCAAUCCAGAAGAAUCCGACCACCAAUGUGACGUCCAAUGUCGUCUUUGUUUCGGAAAACGAGAGGAGAUCAAUCAUCAUAUUGUCAUGUGCCCUUUGAACAAGUUCAGAACGGCUGCUUUGGACAAGGAAUGAAAAAUUCGUGGAAACCAAACCAAUAUCCACGAUGAACGAGCUAACGGGACUCGUAAUUCGUAGUAAAAUGAAGUUUCCGCUUUGAAACUUAUAAUUUGCUUGGUGUUUACUCUCACCAAAAAAUCAUUGAAUUUGACCCCUGUCUGGGAUCAUUAUUUUUUGUGUUUUUCUAAGUUACCAGAGGGAGUCAAAGAAACGGUCCAAGGAAAAGGCUGCUCAAUGGUC